GACCCCGCGAGAUUCAAUAUGUCAGCUUCCAGUAUCAGAAGAUUGGUCUCCAAGAACCUAUUAAAGUUUUAUGGGUUAUCAGGUCAUCGCAGUGGAUUGCAAGUUAUCAGCCGCCGGUGUAGCACUGAGAAAGAAAAUGAAGCCGUACACUCUGAAGAUGAGAGUGAAUUCUUCGAGAAUGAAGAUGAUUUAAAGAAAAGCGUGCUCGAUAAAGCGCUAGCUUUUGUUCCCACUCAUGGCUGGUCCCAGAAGGCAAUCAGCAAGGGUGCAGAGGAACUCGGCUACCCGGGCGUCGCCCACGGCAUGUUCACGCGCGGCGGCGUCGACCUCGCCCUGCACUUCUGCGACGCGUGCAAUCAGACGCUCGCCGCGCGGAUGAAGACUGACGCCGACGCAGUGCUCGACGCCCCGGCGGCGAGGAAGCCAGUGAGAAGUGUGAUUGGUGAUGCAGUGCAGUCCAGACUCACCAUGAUCCACCCGUACAUCGAGCAGUGGCCACAGGCACUGGGUUUGCUAGUGAUGCCGCAGCACGCACCGGAAAGUGUGGCCCUUCUUCAGAACCUUGUUGAUGACAUCUGGUUCUAUGCUGGUGACAAGUCCAUCGAUGUUGACUGGUACACCAAGAGACUGACUCUAGCGUCGGUGUACGUGAGCACGGAGCUGUACAUGACCCAGGACCGGUCGCCCGGCUUUGCCGACACGUGGCAGUUCAUGGAGUCGCGCAUCGAUAACCUCUCCACUGCAGGAGAAGACUUCACCAGGUGCAGCCCAAUGCAGAGCUAUACGAAGUAUUGCUAGGAGGUGCAAAAAUGUUUCGAAACGUGAUUGGACUUGGGGACAGGAAUAGAUGAUCGUACAACCGUCACGCUACACGUAAACAAGAUGAAACGGACUAAAGCAUGGGUGUUGCUAUCCCCCGGGCGUGGAGGGAGGGUCACGUGAUAUAGUUGACGUAUACUUUAAAAUCAUUAGUCAUCUGGUAACGC